ACUGAACAAACCCCAUCCUAAAAACACUACUGACCCGACAUUUCGAGGCGCGACUCGCCAUUCUAACUAAUCUCUCGCCCUCGAGAAAAGGGAAGAAACAAAUCAUGGCUUACCACUCCCGAGCAGAGGCCUACGAACCAUAUGAAGAGAGGCUUUCCUCCUUCAGCAGCCCAUACACUCCUAGCGCUGAAUUUUUCUCGAACCCAGCAUCCCCAGUACAACCAACACGGAAGGGCGCAUACACCUCUGUUCCUGUCCGCAACAUCAGUGAGGCAUCAACGAUACACCCGCCGGGGCGGAUGGGGACUGCCAUGGAGAAUAUUCUCGGGAGGUCAAAGUCGAGGGAGCAGCAGGUACUAUGGGGGACAAAGAUACAUUGGUUUAUGCCAACUGCUAUGGUGUGCUUGCUGAUUGCCGGCAUUUUGGGCUCUUUGGGGCAUCACUUUUUCUAUGCUAGCCUGCAGGGUAAGCAGGCGGAGGAUCAAUUGAUGAAGGUUCGGUAUGGGACAGUAUUGGCAUACUUUACCAAAGUAUCCCUGGUGGGAUCGGUGGUUCUCGCUUACAGGCAGAGGAUAUGGCAUACGAUGCGGCAAAAGGCCAUAACACUGAAGGGGAUUGAUCACCUAUUCGCUGUCGUGGAGGACCCAACAUGUUUUGCCUCAAAGGAGAUAUACUUCAAGGCCAAGUUAGCAACCGCAAUGGCAAUGGCAACAUGGUUAAUCCCCAUUGCGUCGAUUCUUUCCCCCGCUGCUCUUACGGCGCAGCUCACAGAAGUCGUGUCGCCCAAUACAACCUGUAAGGUUCCAGUCCUCAACUUUACCGCGGAGAAUACCGCGAACUGGAGGGAGCCCAAGAAGGGCCGGUUCGGGCAUAGUUUGUGUUUCUUCAACACCACCCCACCCCCGCCCAGAGAUGGACCCGUCUGGUUCGAUCAGCCGAGUUUUGUAGCGAGAAAGUUACAGGUUCUAGCAACCUUUAGCGGGAAGCCAGUUCAGAUCGCUACCCCCUGUUCCAAUCACAACUGCACCUGGAAAGCAAGCUUCCAGGCGCCAUGGUACAAUUGCACGUCAAAAAAGCAAGUCGAAGUGGCAUUGGAAAUGCCGAAGUAUAUAAACUACACUUACGACGACCUUGCACCUGUAGGGAACAAGAUCUACUUUGCUAGCUCCGAUGCCGAAGAGUACGCUCGACCACAACCAGGCUACAGCGAUGCCGUCCUAGAUAAACAAGGCAUCUUUGAGAAUGAGCCGGCAAUCUGGUUUGGCUACGUCUAUCAAACGAAGAGGCUUUCAAAUGACUCCGGUGUUGUGCUCCCACCCAAUUCUAAGCCCCCAGCAGCGUGGAAGCACGAAAUACAGCGGCAUGUGAUGCGCUGCGAACUCCAAAAGGCAAGCUACACUGUCAACUUCUCCUUUGUGAACAACGUGCAGUCCGCCAAUGUUUCCAUCUCAGAUGGGACAACAGUCUUCACGCCGCCAGCGGGAUCAAGCACCUUCAAACCACAAGACCCAGGAUAUAAAGAAUUCAUAGCAUAUCACUCCCUCGGCCUCCUGGUCCGUGGGGUGGUGCACGGAUACGUCAACAAGACGAAUUCAUCGGACCCACCUGUGACCUCCACCUCCCUCUCACAGUCCCGGCUCCUAAGCCAAGAAACCUCCUUCACAGUGAAAAAUUUCAAGGAUGAAUUCCAAAAUUUUUUUCAAGAGAUUGUCUUAACCCUCCUUUCGGAACCCUUCCUAGAAAUAGGCGCGUAUGAAGAGGUACCGUGCAGAAUGACCCGCUUCGAGAACAUCUUUUUCUACGAGAUGCAAGGCCUCUGGGUCGGGUACGCCAUUUCCGCCGCCAUAGCAUUAUUGUCCAUCACUGCUGGUGGCGUAUCAAUCUAUUGGAACGGGAUCACUAGUGACACGCUGUUCUCCAAAAUUCUCGUCACUACGCGGAACCGCACACUGGACAAACUAGUGAAGCAGUAUGAAGGCGUGUGCCUGGGCGGAGACCCAUUCCCGCGGGAACUCGAGCAGACGCAGCUACGCUUCGGCGUGAUCGACGAGCGGGAAACCGACGAUGAUCGCACCAAGCACGCCGCCUUCGGGACAGUCGAGGAGACGAUACCCAUUCUGCGCGGAGACUCGUACAAGAACCUCGCCGCACAGGGGAGCCAUUACCAGAGCAGCCGCUCGUGGACCAGUGGGAGUCCUAGGGCUGAGAGGUAUAGCGAGAGUUUUCAGAUGGACACGCGGUAUGCUGGGCCCGGAUAGAUAGUGACUCCCCCUUUACGUCACUAUUUUCUUAUUACUUUCUUCCUUUCCUCUUUCUCUCGUCUAUUAUGCGUUUGUUUGAUGCAUUAGAGCGAGGACAUUUUCAUUUUGGGGUGUUUGGGACAAAUAAAAAUAGGGAGUUUUAUCUUUUUUUUCCAUCAACUUUGUUACCACAUUUUAGGCUGCGCUACCAAGAUCGCGAAAUACCCUCUCCUCUAUUCAUUGAGUUUGGGUUACGAUGCUUGGGGGAUUGAAUGAAGCAAGAAUGAAGGGCUAUGAUCGCCUUGUAUACCUA